GCGCGCGAGAGAGAGAGACCCCCCCCCUCCCCAUCCCCCGUCCUCUCCAUCCGCGCGCAUAGCAGCCCGCGCGGAUGCUGCGUCCACGGUCCUCAGCGCGCAGCUCAGCGAGGGGGCUCUCAUCACACAUCGCAUAGAAAAUCCAAAUACCGCAUCACCACGCUUUAGCACCUCUUUACACGUUCAAGAAGAAGCGUCAAAACAAACGAAGUACCUUUGCCUUUUUUGAUACAUUGGUCGGGACAGUCAUCUUAAAACGAUGUCUCCAUCGCUCAUUUUUUCCUCUGCGGAACCUCCAUCUAACCAGGCAACAACUGCACUAUUUUAGGAUCCAUCACAUCCAUCCGUAGUAAGCACACUGCUAAACACCUGGGAGAUAAGGACGAGAUGAUAACAGCUUCUGAGUGAACCCAACCGCUCUUGUGUUUCUCCUGGAUAUUCCCUUUUCCCAACAAACCACGGCAAUGUCCUUGGAGCAUGGCCUGGCUUCCUCACCAAUCCCAUCAUCCCGCAUCCUUUGAAUCCUAACUCAUCAGCACUACAGAUCUACACAAUAUCCCGCUCGGUUUUGCGCCCCCUCUUUGCUCUCGUUCUCUGUGUCCUGAUGGAUUGGAAGCAGCCCGAUCCCUCGUUGUGUUGACCCUCGGGGUGAGGGGGUUGAGUGGAGAGGACAGGUUUCUCCAAAUACACUAGAAGUGUCCUGCUGUCAUUGUCCCGAUUUCUUCUGAUGGAGAGAUAGAAGAACGGGAGGAACUACCGGGGAGGGAGAGGAGUGGAGAAGCAGACUCAAAACCAAAAAACUCAAGCCAAGAAUCAUCACUGAUACUGACCUUGUGUUGCUAAAUCCUCUUGCACUAGAAGAAGUCAUUUAGAUCAAGCAUCGUGGACCCAACAACCUAAGAUUCAAGAUGUCCACCACGGCAACCAUGGGUGAGAUGGCGAAUAGCGCAGUGGAGUUUUACCCCAAGCGGGGUGGAGGAGACGCAGAAACCAACCAUGCUGGAGACUUUGGGGUGACACUGGAGGAGCUCCGGUCCCUGAUGGAGAUGAGAGGACCCGAGGCCUUGCAGAAAAUUCAGGAAAGCUUUGGAGAUGUAGAAGGCCUAUGCCAGAGACUCAAGUCUUCCACCAGUGAUGGUUUGUCAGAUAACCCGACAGAUCUGGAGAAGCGCAGACAGGCAUUUGGACAAAACUUCAUACCCCCGAAAAAAGCCAAGACCUUCCUUCAGCUGGUGUGGGAGGCAUUACAAGACGUCACCCUCAUCAUCCUGGAGAUUGCAGCCAUCAUCUCCCUCGGCCUGUCCUUCUAUCAGCCACCCGGACACGAGAGCGAGGGUUGUGGAAAUGGGUCAGGAGGAGCUGAAGAUGAGGGGGAGGCAGAGGCAGGAUGGAUCGAAGGUGCAGCCAUCCUUCUCUCUGUCAUUUGUGUGGUGCUGGUGACGGCUUUCAACGACUGGAGUAAAGAGAAACAGUUCCGGGGACUGCAGAGCCGCAUCGAGCUGGAGCAGCGAUUCGCUGUGGUGCGCAAUGGAAACGUCAUCCAGAUCCCUGUCGCCGAGAUGGUGGUUGGGGACAUGGCCCAGGUCAAAUACGGUGACCUCCUACCUGCUGAUGGGGUCCUGGUUCAGGGAAAUGACCUGAAAAUCGACGAGAGCGCUUUAACUGGUGAAUCAGACCAUGUGCGGAAGUCGGUCGACAAGGACCCCAUGCUUCUCUCUGGUACCCAUGUGAUGGAGGGAUCAGGCAGGAUGCUGGUGACCGCAGUUGGAGUCAACUCUCAGAGUGGCAUCAUAUUCACACUACUGGGAGCUGGAGAAGGGGAGGAGGAGAAGAAAGAGAAGAAAGGCAAGCAGCCAGAGGCAGCUGUGGAGACCAAUCAGAAUAAAGCCAAAAAGCAGGAUGGAGCCGUUGCCAUGGAGAUGCAGCCUCUGAAGAGUGCGGAGGGUGGUGAAGUGGAGGAGAGAGAGAAGAAAAAAUCCAACGUGCCCAAGAAGGAGAAGUCUGUACUGCAGGGCAAACUCACCAAACUGGCUGUACAGAUUGGCAAAGCAGGUCUUGUGAUGUCAGCCAUUACAGUUAUCAUCCUGGUGCUGUACUUUGUGAUUGAGACGUUUGUUGUGGAGGGGCGGACCUGGUUGCCUCAGUGCACGCCUAUCUACGUACAGUAUUUUGUCAAAUUUUUUAUCAUCGGUGUGACUGUACUGGUGGUAGCUGUGCCUGAGGGUCUUCCCCUUGCUGUUACCAUCUCCCUGGCCUAUUCGGUUAAGAAAAUGAUGAAGGACAAUAACCUAGUGCGUCACUUGGAUGCCUGUGAGACAAUGGGCAAUGCCACUGCCAUCUGCUCUGACAAGACCGGCACCCUCACCACCAACCGCAUGACUGUGGUGCAGUCCUACAUCAAUGACCAGCACUUCCGUGAGAUCCCGGACCCCAGCCAGAUCAACCCUAACACCCUGGAGAUCAUUGUCAAUGCCAUAUCUAUCAACUGCGCCUAUACCUCCAAGAUCUUGCCCCCGGAUGUGGAAGGUGGUCUGCCCAAGCAGGUUGGUAAUAAGACAGAGUGUGGUCUGCUGGGCUUUCUGCUGGACUUGAAGAGAGACUAUGCCCCUGUGAGAGAGCAGAUCCCAGAGGAGAAGCUUUACAAAGUCUACACUUUCAACUCUGUACGCAAGUCCAUGAGCACUGUGGUACAGAUGCCGGAUGGAAGUUUCCGGCUCUACAGCAAAGGAGCUUCUGAGAUCCUUCUGAAAAAGUGUUCCUCGAUACUUGGUGCCAAUGGUGAAGCACGUAACUUCAAGCCGCGCGACCGAGAUGAGAUGGUGAAGAAAGUGAUCGAGCCAAUGGCAUGUGAAGGCCUGCGAACCAUCUGCAUCGCUUAUCGUAACCUUCCCUGCGACCCCGAGCCUGACUGGGAUAAUGAAGCUGAAAUUGUCACCGAUCUGAUUUGCAUUUCUGUCGUCGGGAUUGAGGAUCCCGUUCGACCUGAGGUCCCUGAUGCCAUUCGCAAGUGUCAGAGGGCAGGCAUCACUGUGCGCAUGGUCACUGGCGACAACAUCAACACAGCACGAGCUAUUGCUGCCAAAUGUGGCAUCAUUCAGCCCGGGGAUGACUUUCUGUGCAUUGAUGGUAAAGAAUUCAACCGAAGAAUCAGGAACGAGAAAGGAGAGAUUGAGCAGGAGAGGAUUGAUAAGAUCUGGCCCAAGCUCAGAGUCCUUGCACGUUCCUCCCCCACGGACAAACACACUCUCGUAAAAGGCAUCAUUGACAGCACUGUGCUGGAGCAGAGACAGGUGGUGGCCGUAACUGGUGAUGGGACAAAUGACGGACCGGCUCUCAAGAAGGCAGAUGUGGGCUUUGCGAUGGGUAUAGCAGGCACUGAUGUAGCUAAAGAAGCCUCUGACAUCAUCCUGACCGACGAUAACUUCUCCAGCAUUGUGAAGGCUGUCAUGUGGGGGAGAAAUGUGUAUGACAGCAUCUCCAAGUUCCUGCAGUUUCAGCUUACUGUCAAUGUAGUGGCCGUCAUCGUUGCUUUCACCGGGGCCUGCAUUACACAGGACUCUCCACUGAAAGCAGUACAGAUGUUGUGGGUUAAUCUGAUCAUGGACACAUUUGCCUCUUUGGCUCUUGCAACUGAGCCACCCACCGAAGCUCUGCUGCUUAGGAAACCCUACGGGCGCAACAACCCCCUCAUCUCACUCACAAUGAUGAAGAACAUCCUGGGUCAUGGAGUCUAUCAGCUCAUCAUCAUCUUCACCCUGUUGUUUGUUGGAGAGAAAAUCUUCAACAUCGACAGUGGCCGUAACGCUCCCUUACACUCCCCCCCAUCUGAACACUACACCAUCAUCUUCAACACCUUUGUCCUGAUGCAGCUCUUCAACGAGAUCAACGCUCGCAAGAUUCACGGCGAAAGGAACGUGUUCGACGGCAUCUUUGGGAACCCUAUCUUCUGCAGCAUUGUUCUGGGAACAUUUGGAGUGCAGAUUGUGAUUGUGCAGUUUGGGGGCAAGCCCUUCAGCUGUUCCCCUCUCAAUUUGGAGCAAUGGCUGUGGUGCCUCUUCGUGGGAGUUGGAGAAUUGCUGUGGGGUCAGGUGAUAGCCACAGUGCCCACUAGUCACCUGAAGUGUCUGAAGGAGGCAGGCCAUGGACCAGGGACGGAUGAGAUGUCGGAGGACGAGCUGGCCGAGGAUGAGGAGGAGAUAGACCACGCUGAGAGAGAGCUACGCAGGGGGCAGAUCCUCUGGUUUAGAGGCCUUAACCGUAUCCAGACUCAGAUGGAGGUAGUGAGUACGUUCAAGAGAAGUGGUUCGUUUCAGGGUGCUGUGAGACGUCGAUCCUCAGUGCUCAGCCAGCUCCAUGACGUUACCAAUAUUUCUACCCCCACUCAUAUGCAGGUGGUGAAAGCGUUCCGUAGCUCCCUUUACGAUGGAAUCGAGAAACCCGCAUCCAGGAAUUCCAUCCACAACUUCAUGGCACACCCCGAGUUUCUCAUCAACGACUUCAUCCACAACAUCCCACUGAUUGAUGACACUGACAUUGACGAUGAAUCGGAGUGGUCGAGGAACAACCAGCACUUGCAUCCGGCCUUCCGAAAGCCCCCUCCUCCUCCGGUCCAGCAGCCACAGCGAAGCCGCCCACCGCCCCGUCCCUACCGCCAGUACAGCCUCCCUGACACAUCUAACCGCAACAACAAUGCCAUUGAGAGCAGCGUCUACCAGCUGAACCUCCCCACAGGCAUAGACGGCCAUUGGACAACCCCAUCUCAGCAGAUGUACCCCCUCCUCGCCCUGGAGACCUCUCUAUGACUAAUUGGGCUCCAGAGUAAAAGACCUUAAAAACUUUGAGGAUGUGGACCUGUGCAGGUCAGGCUGGUGGGGGAGGCUUCUACAGACAUGUGGUAGAUGGUCGACACCCAAUACUAUGACAGGGUCAACCCAUUACAAUCAUUCCUCCACUACCACCAUCCACGAAAACACUAUCACUCCUCAUGUCUCAACAACAGCCCCACAGACACCUCUCCUCUCACCGUGUGGAGAGGAGGCCAGUCUGUUGCAUGUCUGUGGUUCCUUUGGAUGGACCUGAGAAGGUGAGGAAUCCAGACCCAAUGGAUUUUAGCGGCUCUUUAGUGCUGGCGACUAUUGACUUCUCAGAAUGCAAAGGAAUAUGUUCCCUACAGGUGGAGUAGGGGUCCAUUCACUUUACUUUUUAUCAGUGUUACUAAACUCAGUAUCAUUAUUAUCAUGUUUGACUUCUUACUAUCACCACCGUCAUUCCGAGUGCUCGGAUUAUCAUUGCGAUAUCACAGAAAAUGACUUUUAUUACUCUGAGUAAUGCUUUAUGGA